AUGCGUCCGCACGCAGCCUCGCCUCCCAAGAGGACGCGGCCUGAGGAGCAGGGACGGGAGCUUCAAGACAAGGGCAGCGCGAAAGAUACAAGUAUCCGAGGGCUAGAGUUCAGUGUGGCUGAGACAGGCAGUAUAAAUGGGGCCCAGGAGCGGAGCCCAACGCCGUGCCGCUGGGUGGCCUGUGUCGAUGGGCAGAACCCCAUCUCCUGCUCCUCUCAGAACGGCCUCUGCCUGCCUGCCUGCCUGGCCUUGCACAGCUUGCGGCCCGGGGGCCUCGAAGGUCCCCGCGCACUCAGCCAGCGGCCUCUGCUGGGUCUGCUGCUGCAGCCAGUAACCCGGGAGCACACCACGCCAGGCACCUCCAGCACCCCAAGUCCGCGGGAGUGCACGUGGGCCCUGAUGCGGGACUUCCCGCUUGGGGACGGCCACAGCGACAUACCCCUGGCCCUGAGGCAGUUUCGCCACAAUGGACUCCAGGAUGUUCAUCUGUGCAAUUGCAGCCAUGGCCGGACCCUCAUGGACAGGCUGAAAGAUGGUCUCCUGGGUGCCCAGCCCUGGCCGGAAUUCCCUCAAUUCUCGUCAGCCUACAUCCCAUGCCAGACCCACCAACGGGAUGCUGUGUGCCUCACCCUGGAGCAAAUUGACCUCAUCUGCCUCACGUGUGCCUCCUAUUCUGAGCUGGAGCUUGUGACCUCAGUUAAAGGUAGACGGGGGACUUCCCUGUUGGAUGGCCUCAUUGGUGUGGAGGGCGGCCACUCACUGGACAGUAGCCUCUCCACCUUGCGUACCUUCUACGCACUGGGUGUGCGCUACGUGACACUCACCCACACCUGCAAUGCGCCCUGGGCACAGAGCUCAACAAAGGGUAUCCACCCCUUCUACAGCAAUGUCAGUCGGCUGCCCGGCUUUGGCCAGAAGGUGGUGGCAGAAAUGAACCGCCUAGGCACGAUGGUGGCCUUGUCCCAUGUCUCGGAUGCUGUGGCACGGCGAGCCCUAGAAGUGUCACAGUCACCUGUCAUCUGCUCCCACUCAGCUGCCCGGGGUGUGUGCAAGAACACUCGGAAUGUUCCUGAUGGUAUCCUGCAGCUCCUGAAGAAGAACGGUGGCAUUGUGAUGGUGUCCUUGUCCAUGCGGGUGCUGCAGUGCAACCCGUUAGCCAACGUGUCCGCUGUGGCAGAUCACUUCAACCACAUCAGGGCAGUCACUGGAUGCAAGUUCAUCGGGACUGGUGGAGAUUAUGACGGGGCUGGCCGGUUCCCACAGGCGCUGGAGGACGUGUUCAUAUACCCGGUACUGACAGAGGAGUUGCUGGGGCGUGGCUGGAGUGAGGAAGAGCUCUGGGGUGUGCUUCGAGGAAACGUGCGGCGGGUCUUCAGACAGGUGGAACAGGUACGGGAGGAGAACGAGGGACAGAGUCCCUUGGAGGACGAGUUCCCAGAUGAGUAGCUGGGCAGCUCUUGCCGUUCCGUCCUCCCACGUCUGCAUCAGAGACAGGACCUGGCUCCAGACCAGAAACUAACCAGAGCUGCAGUUCGUGGGAAUCCCAUUUUGUCACCUAAGCGGUCAUUCUCAA